AUGCGCCGCCUGGCGGGCUGGCGCGCCGACUGGUGCGAGCCCAACUGGGACGCGCUGUGGGCGGCGGUGGGCUGCGCGCAGCGCCUGCAGCGCCCGGGCCGCCCGCUGCCCUCCGUCAAGAAGCGGCGCGUGCUCGUGCGCAACCUGCUCGCCUCCGGGUACGACCUGCCGACGCUUCACGCCGACUGGCAAAGGGGCGGUCAUGCGCUGGUGCUGCGCAGGGUCACGCGAAUGAAGAACCUGCGGGAGAGCUACAUCACUGACACACGCAGCCUCACAGCUCACGAGAACAAUAAUAACAAUAAACAACAACUCAUGUUACCUGAUCGUGAGCUGUUGGAGGCUGCGUGUGUCAGUGAUGUAGCUUCUCCGCAGAGUGGGCCUCCUGAUCGUACACAAAAUGCAAAUAUGAAUAAUUUGUAUUGUUGUCUUGGAAAAUACCAUGGGCUCGUGCUCCCUUCUCCCGAGAACUACCUG